GCCAGCGCGCCGCGGGGAGGGGGCGGGAGCGGCACAGGGAGCGGGGCCGCCGCCGAGCCAGCCUCACUUCCCAGGAGUGCGGGGAGACCACAGCCUGCCGGGGGCUGCGAGCGGUGCCGCAGACAGACCUCUUGGCUCCCAGAUGGCCAAUUCGAUCAACGGCCGGAACCCGCGCAAGGGACGGAUCCUGGGCUUCAUCGAUGCCAUUCAGGAUGCUGUGGGUCCCCCCAAGCACGCAGCUGCCGACCGGAGGACUGUGGAGAAGACCUGGAAGCUUAUGGACAAAGUGGUAAGAUUGUGCCAAAACCCAAAGCUUCAACUCAAAAACAGCCCACCUUACAUACUUGACAUUCUACCUGACACUUACCAACAUUUGCGACUUAUACUGAGCAAAUAUGAUGACAACCAGAAACUCGCACAACUCAGUGAGAACGAAUAUUUUAAAAUCUACAUUGACAGUCUUAUGAAAAAAUCAAAACGGGCUAUAAGACUCUUCAAAGAAGGAAAGGAAAGAAUGUAUGAAGAGCAGUCACAGGACAGGAGAAACUUGACAAAGCUGUCUCUCAUCUUCAGCCACAUGCUAGCAGAAAUCAAGGCUAUUUUUCCAAAUGGCCAGUUCCAGGGUGAUAACUUCCGUAUCACCAAAGCUGAUGCUGCAGAUUUCUGGAGGAAAUUCUUUGGAGAGAAAACUAUAGUGCCAUGGAAAGUGUUCAGGCAGUGCCUUCAUGAAGUUCAUCAGAUUAGCUCUGGUUUGGAAGCAAUGGCUCUUAAAUCUACUAUUGACUUGACCUGCAAUGACUACAUUUCAAUUUUCGAAUUUGAUAUCUUCACUAGAUUAUUUCAGCCGUGGGGCUCAAUCUUAAGGAAUUGGAACUUCUUAGCUGUGACACAUCCUGGAUAUAUGGCAUUCCUGACAUAUGAUGAAGUGAAAGCAAGGCUGCAGAAAUACAGCUCUAAGCCUGGGAGCUACAUUUUCAGACUGAGUUGCACUCGCCUGGGACAGUGGGCCAUUGGGUAUGUGACUGGUGAUGGGAACAUACUGCAGACCAUACCUCACAAUAAGCCUCUGUUUCAAGCUUUGAUUGAUGGCAGCCGGGAAGGAUUCUAUUUGUUCCCAGAUGGAAGAAGUUAUAAUCCUGAUUUGACAGGAUUAUGUGAACCCACACCACAUGAUCACAUAAAAGUCACACAGGAACAGUAUGAACUGUACUGUGAAAUGGGCUCCACUUUUCAGCUGUGUAAAAUCUGUGCAGAGAAUGACAAGGAUGUGAAGAUAGAGCCUUGUGGACACCUUAUGUGCACUUCUUGUCUUACAGCAUGGCAGGAAUCUGAUGGCCAAGGCUGUCCUUUCUGCCGCUGUGAAAUCAAAGGAACUGAACCAAUCAUUGUGGAUCCCUUUGAUCCAAGGGAUGAAAACUCCAGGUGCUGCAGUAUUAUUGAUAGCUUUAGUAUGCCCAUGUUGGACUUGGAUGAUGAUGAUGAUAGAGAAGAGUCUUUAAUGAUGAAUCGUUUGGCUUCAGUCCGAAAGUGCAAUGAGAGGCAAAAUUCACCAGUGACUUCCCCAGGAUCUUCCCCUCUUGCACAAAGAAGAAAACCACUUCCAGACCCCCUGCAAAUACCACAUCUUAGUCUUCCACCUGUACCUCCUCGUCUGGAUCUGAUUCAGAAGGGAGUAGCACGGUCACCAUGUGCCAGUCCAACUGGGUCACCAAAGUCUUCUCCUUGUAUGGUGAGGAAACAAGAUAAACCUUUGCCAGCACCACCACCUCCCUUGCGAGAUCCUCCACCGCCCCCACCAGAGAGACCUCCACCAAUUCCACCAGACAACAGGAUAAGCAGACACCUGCAUCAUCCAGAAAGUGUGCCUUCCAGAGACCAGCCAAUGCCCCUCGAAGGAUGGUGUCCCAGAGAUGCGUUUGGGACAAGUCAGUUGGUAGGAUGUCGAGUGGGGAGCGAUGCUUCUCCCAAACCAGGACUGACUGCCAUUUCAAACGUGAAUGGAAGGCACAACCGCGUAAGUUCUGAUCCAGGAUUUAUGAGGAAACACAGACGUCACGAGCUGCCUGCAGAAGGUGCCAAGGUUUUUUCGAAUGGUCAUCUGAUAAAUGAAGAAUAUGAUGUCCCUCCACGGCUUUCACCUCCCCUUCCAGCUGUCUCCAUCAUCCCUAGUAUAAAGUGCCCUGGUCCUUCAGCAAAUUCUCUGUCUGAUAAAUCAAGGGAUCAUACAGAUGAUGAUGAUGAAUACAAAGUUCCUUCAUCACAUCCUGUAAUACUGAGCUCACAACCACCUCACGGUCAUCAUAUAAAACCUCUUGCUCGGGUGUGUGAGAACGGUCAAUGUGCUGGAGUAACGAAUGGAACACACAGUACUACUUCUGAGAUAAAGAAAUCAAAACAUCCUGAAUUAGGAGAUGUCUAUGAUGCACCUACUCUUCCGGUACCUUUGCCACCUGCACGACCUCCUACCAGAGACAACCCAAAACACAGCUCUUUGCUCAACAGGACACCCUCCGAUUAUGAUCUUCUGGUGCCCCCUUUAGGCGAAGACACAUUUGAUAACUUGCCCCCUUCACUGCCACCCCCACCACCUCCUGCUCGGCACAGCAUGAUUGAGCACACAAAACCUGCUGGCUCAGGAAGCCGACCUUCUUCAGGACAUGAACUCUUCCUUCAUUCUGACCCCCAUUUUGAUCCAAUAACUGGUCAUGCUCCUUUGCCACCUGCUCGUAGAGUAACUGGAGAAAAUGUCAAAACAAAUAGGACAUCUCAAGACUAUGAUCAACUUCCCCCAUCUUCAGAUGGUUCACAAGCACCAGCCAGGCCCCCUAAACCACUUCCUCGGAGAACUGCACCAGAAAUACAUCACAGGAAAGCAUACAGCUCUGACAGUUCCACGGAAAAUGUGGAUGCAAAAAUUGCAAAACUCAUGGGAGAGGGCUAUUCCUUUGAAGAAGUCAAGAGGGCACUUGAAAUUGCCCAGAAUAAUGUUGACGUGGCCCGUAGUAUUUUAAGAGAGUUUGUCUGUUUUCCUCCACCAGUCUCUCCACGUCUCAACCUAUAGCAGCAUCAAGAUUUUCUUGGAGCAUAUGAAUAAUUCUACAGAUACAUGUGUGGAUUGGGGAAUGAGAGGAAGAAGAGAAUGGAAUAUUUUUCUUUCAUCCUUAGUAGAAGGGUGUUUGUUUCCAGCCGUUUAUCAAAGGCUCAUGGCUGCUCUGAUCAAGACUUAUAAAUAUGCUGAGGCUUAUGUAUUUUUGCUAGCCAUACUUUUUUAAAUCAGGGUUGAACUGACAAAGUAAUUUAAAGAAGUUUACUUCCCUAGAACUUUUAAUCUGUGAAAUGCUUUUUCUUGUUUACAAGUUGGCAAGUUACAGUUUUCUAGUUUGUGCCUGUACUAUGUUCCUGUUCAUAUUCCCUUGUACUUGUGGUCAGUUCUGCUGUAGCAUUCCCAACAGUUUCCAUGCUGACCACUCCAUCAACUAAAUCAUCACUUUCCAGAAGUUCUGUGUUUUGUUUUGUUUUUCUCUUACAAGAUUGCUUUAAUUGUUUUUUUUGCAUUUCAGCUCAUCAAAUGCAAAAAGUAUGUGGCCUUCACUACUGAUUUUUUUUUUUCUUCUGAGAUUCCUUUGCUUUUGAGAGAGGAAAUAUCUGAAUGUAAAAUGCAUUAUUUUGUCUAUGAACUGCCUUUUUAAAGGUAUUUUGACAGUGAUGUUGGGCAGCUUUCUGUUUAACAUGAAUUCCAUGACCUGUAGUCCCCCAGGUCUUUUAUAUACAGUUUCCCCAAAAAAAUCCCAAACAACAAAUAAAAUACUUCAUGCAGCAGUGAUACUGAGUUCUCACAUGUAAAAUCUCUUUCAAAUUUGAAUAUUUGAUUGCAAACAUUCAAAAAAAGUCAAAUGCACACAAUAAUACUGUGUUUUGAUUACACACUAAUGUCACCAGUUCUUUGUGACCUGAGUCAUGCCAGAGUAGAAGGAAUCUAUUUGAAUAAUAUUAAUGGUAUUCAGGUAAAUUCCAGGUCUAACUUCUGUAAAAUAGAAUGCAGUUAAUUUUUUGUUUAAGUGAUUAUCCUGUGGUUCAUUGUGGCUUGGAUCAGUUUGUAUUAACUUGGAAACUUUUAAUCUUUGAUGCACUGUUAAUUUCUAAUGCUACUGUAGCAACAUUUUUUGCAAAAUUCUUUAGUAAUGUCCUCCCUCCCUGUACACUUUAUAAUUCUCGAGUAUGUGUUUAAUAUCCAAAUUCCUUCACUCAGUUUCCAACUGCUUAGUUGGAAAUACAUUUUUGCUUUACGUGGUUAGUGGUACUCCAGACUUUGAUGUUUCGUUUUUGAGCCCAAACUGAUGCAAGCCAAAUAAAAAAUAAUCCGAAUUUUAGAAAAGGGAGAGAAGACAACUCUUUUGUGAGUACACUCAAAGUAAACAGUCCAAAUAUUUUCAGAAAAAUUCUUAAGAUUGCUGCUUUCUUGUUUUUUUAGGAAACUUUGAAAUCUUCGUUUAUUCUAAUACUAUUGAAAAAAUAAUACCAUGUGGUAGUUAGAAUAUUUUUCACAUUUUGAGAUGUGACCAGUAUAUGAAAAUUUUCACAGUGUGCCAAGCUGGGUGUGAAGUAUAUAUUCAUUAUUCCCUUUCAGCUCUUAGUGUUCUCCUUCACGCUGGGCAAGUGUUAAAAGUUACAUCAUUUACAGGUCAGACCUCAGCAGCCAAUGCAUUUGUUGAAAAGAUUUUUUUUUAGAAGACAGCAAGUGGCUGAAUUGCAGGAUUCAGAGUAACUGAGAACACUUAUUGGAAAUUACUGUGCUGUCUCAAAGUCCAUUGUUUCAUCAAGGAACUUAUUCUUAAAACCAAUUAAAUAAAUUACUUUGUAGCAUCACAAAGUGUAGUACAUAUAUCAUUAAUCUGCUUCAGUGAUAAAAAUGAUCAGGACAAUUCAGGGUAUAGGGAAGAACUUCUAUUCUGUUUUGAUUUAAGCAAAUGAUUCUGAGUUUAUGUUCCAGAAAAGAGCAUUUGCAACUUCAUUUACUUGUUCACUCUUCAAGUACAGCUUAUGAAAAGUUUAAGUUUAAGUUAUAUUCUAUGCUUUUAUAGUUCAAGUUAAUCUCUUUCCUCAGUUUUGGGAAUAAGUUUUGUCUAGUCUUGAAACCCUCUUGUUCAUUUGGUUUGUUUACAACAUCACUGUAGCAUUUUAGCUAGCUAUAAAUUCAAAAUGAUUCAUGCUAUUAAAUUAUACACUCUGGUUGUACUGGAAUCACUGAAAUGAGGUUCUAGCAUAACUGCCAGCAUAGCAAUGAUGACAGUGAAAAAAAGAACACUUUACAAGGAUGAACAAACAAUGUGCAGAUUCAGUUUUGAAAUUUUGAAUUGUUAUGAAGAACUCAUUUUCUUUCUUUUUAUGCAGAAGCUUAGUACAAAUUACAUCUUUAUAUUUCAAUUAGAGGCUGGAACUACUGCCUGACAGAUUAAGGUUUUUAAAGUUUUCCUUCUCCUUUCUGGUUGUGACCACCAGUGACACUUACUUUUUUCAUUAUGUGUUAAAAAAACAACUUGGUGAGCAAUAUUCUGAGUGGUAACUUGAAAAGAGUUCCAUUAAUCUUUAAAUGAGUGCUAAUAACACUUCUAAAUAGUGGAAAAUGCAGACUAUUUCAAGCCCGUUUUGGUUAAUAGUUUUAAAGUCAAACAGAGCGAAAUUGCUUUGCUAGAGUGUUGAUGUUUACUCUGCAGGAAUUAAUAGGCUUAAAAUAAAUUAAUCUGGCUGCAGUCUAGGUCUCUAAAGACAUAGUUCUCUAAACAUAUUUUAACCUUUGAAAGACUCAAGGGUUUGAGCCUGGCAGUGUGUUAUGCACAUAUAUAACUUUAAGGAAGACUGACUUGAGUGAGAGUGCUUGGAUGAACAAAGCUGGUUAAACUCAGAAACAUGUGCUGUCAUAUUUCUUCCAAUAUUUCAGCCUUUAGACCAUCAUUGUGAUGUCUGUUGGCCUCAUCUUUUCUCUCCUUUUGGUAAAAUCACUGCAUUUUGAGCAAAUUGGCUGAAUCAGAAGUUGAACAGAGCAAGUGGACAUCAGCAGCACGGAUCUUUUCCAAAGACUAUGAGUAGAAAGAAUUUAAAUUGGGAUAAGAGAAAUUAAUUUAAUGUAAUUAACCAUGUUAAUGGCUUAGCUGGAACCCUAAAAUGGCCACUGGUAAAAUUUGUUAAUGUUCAGUAUCUCAAGAGUGCAUCUGGCACAGCUUUUUUAUAAUGUGAAUUUAGGAAGUUUUGUACCAGGAUCAUUUCUUCUGUUAUAUUUCUUUAAUUUUCAGCUUGAAGCUUUACUUUGCACUGACAACUCUGACCUGAAAGCAUUUAAGUUUGUGUCUUAAAUAUUGACAAAUUUUGAAGCAAAUGAACACCGUAUUCAAAGCAAAUUCAGGUACUACCUGUUGACCUGGAAUUUAGAGCUUUUAGGAGUGACUUCUUGAAAAAGGACUUCAGUAGUUUCCAUUUUGAAGGAUUUUCUUUCAAAUAACUAUUUUAUCUGAAAAUGCCUUUUAUAAACUUGUCUAACAUGUGGCAAACUUAGUGAUGUGUUCAAUUAAUUUAUAUUUUAUUCAACAUUCUUUUUAAAUUUUGGUUAUUAUGUAUGCUCAAGUUCUUUAUCUGUUCAUGUAAGAUAUUUUAUAAAAUUAAUGUUAAGAGAAUGUUGGGUUGGUCCGUGAUUUUUCAA